GUGAACUACAUUGCACCCAACUACUAUCUAUAACAUGAACAUGUGGCAUUUUGUACACAAUUAUCAUAUAAUAUUGUGUAUACGCAUUUGUCACAUAAUUAUAAGUCAUGACAUAGUCUAUACACAUUUGUAUACUAGUACAUGUUGAGUGUUCGAUUCGUAAACACUCAACAUCGCAUCUAGAUCUAGAUGACCUUAGUAUUCAAAGACAAGACAAUAGGAUUAAAAUGUCCACAAUAAGAAUAAUAUGGAGUUCAUUUGGUAAGGGAGCCAGGGAGGUAGACGUCUAGGACUAAUCUGCACUGUGCACAAAAAGAAGUGCACUAAUUUGAAAUUUGGCUGUGGACUCUGUCUCCGUGUUACCAGGUGUAUAUAGCUUAUAUGGGCGACCGUCCUCCAAAGAGCCAAGGUUCUCUAACUCUUCCCGAGCUCCACAUCAACUUGCUUCGACGCAUCAUCGGCAGUGCUAGGGUCGCCUCAGAUUCCUUGAUCUACAGCUACCAUCGGAGCUUCAACGGCUUCGCUGCCAGACUAACACAGGCCGAGCAUCUGAAACUUGCCGCCUAUGAAGGUGUAGUUUCUGUGUUCCCCAACAAGAUAGUGAAACUCCACACGACAAGAUCAUGGGAUUUCAUCGGCUACCCGAAGAAUGCGUCGACAUCCACCCGCCGCCAACAGAGCAACAUGAUCAUCGGAAUGCUCGACACCGGGGUCUGGCCGGAGUCCCAGAGCUUCAACGAUUCCGGUUACGGCCCACCUCCAAAGAAAUGGAAGGGUAGAUGCCAAUCGUCCUCCAAUUUUACCUGUAACAAUAAGAUAAUUGGAGCACGGUACUACAAUGCUGAAGGAGAUUACGGUCCAGACGAUAUCCGUUCACCAAGGGACUCGGAAGGCCAUGGAAGUCACACUGCAUCCACUGCUGCAGGGAACCUUGUCACCUCGGCUAAUCUCUAUGGCAUUGCCAAUGGGACUGCCCGCGGCGGGGUCCCGGCUGCUCGAAUCGCUGUCUACAAGAUCUGCUGGUCUUUUGGUUGUUCAAGUGCUGAUAUUCUAAAAGCUUUUGAUGAUGCUUGUGCUGAUGGAGUCGACAUAAUCUCGCUCUCAGUUGGUGGUGGGCCAAUGGAUUAUUUCCGUGACCCCAUUGCCAUUGGGGCUUUCCAUUGCAUGAAGAAGGGAAUCUUAACUUCCAACUCGGCUGGCAACAGUGGCCCUACUCCUGGAUCGGUCGCCAAUGGCUCUCCUUGGUCACUCACUGUUGCUGCUAACACCAUUGACAGAAAGUUGACGACCAAUGUCAAGUUGGGUAAUGGCAAAAUUUAUAAUGGGAGCGCUCUCAACACCUUUCAGCCCAAGAAACCGAUGUAUCCUCUUAUCUACGGUGGAGAUGCACCAAAUAAGACGGCAGGAUAUGAUGGAAACGUUUCCAAGUAUUGCGACUCGGAUUCUUUGGACAAAAAUCUGGUGCAAGGGAAAAUUGUUUAUUGUGAGACUGGCAGCCAGGGAGAUGGAGCUAUAGCUGCUGGUGCCGUUGGGGCCAUAAUGGGAAACAAUGAUCAGGGAGACGUGGCGUUUCCUUUCCCUUUGCCCGUCUCUCUCUUGAAUGAAACGGAUGGAAACAAUGUUGUGAAAUACUCAAACUCAACUAGGGGCCCAACUGCAGUGAUAUCCAAGACGGUUGACUACCUGGAUGGCUCACCCGCUUACGCGGUUUACUUUUCCUCGAGGGGUCCAAAUACGAUAACCCCUGACAUUCUUAAACCCGACUUGACAGGACCAGGAGUAAAUAUACUGGCAGCAUGGUCUAAGGCUACAACUGUGUCGGGAGAACCUGGUGACAAAAGAGUUGUCCCAUACAACAUCAUCUCUGGUACUUCAAUGUCUUGCCCCCAUGUAUCUGGAGCAGCUGCUUAUGUCAAAUCGUUCCACCGUACUUGGUCCCCUGCUGCGAUUAAGUCAGCUCUUAUGACAACAGCUCAACCCCUGAGUGCCAAGUAUAAUCCUGAGGCUGAGUUAGCAUACGGGACAGGACAAAUUGAUCCAAUCAAGGCUGCAGAUCCUGGACUAGUAUAUGAUGCUAGGGAGAAGGAUUAUAUCAGAUUUCUCUGCGGCCAAGGGUAUUCGACCAAGCAACUCCAACUUGUCACUGGAGAUCCGAGUGCUUGCACUGCGGCAACAAAUGGAACCGUGUGGGAUCUAAACUACCCUACUUUUGCUCUAUCAGCAGCCAGAUCAGGAGUCUCUGUGUCUCGGGUAUUUCACAGAACCGUCACAAAUGUUGGAUCAGCAAAUGCGACAUAUAAAGCCACGGUAAAGGCACCGGCAAACCUUGAGGUUCGGGUUAACCCAAGUGUGCUUAGUUUCAAGACUACUGGGGAGAAAAAGCCAUUUGCUGUGACAGUCUCUACUGUGGUUAAGAACUAUACCAUAUCUGGGAUUUUGGUCUGGAGUGAUGGGAAGCACAUAGUAAGGAGUCCCAUUGCCGCAUUUAUGUCAUUCAUUGAGUGAUUAUGCAUUAAGCUGGGGACUGUAUCUGUUGGGAAGUUUGAUUAUGAGAAAAUUUUAGUUGGUGGCAUGCUGGAUGUAAGUAUAUGUUCUACCAAAUACAUUUGAAAUUAUUGUAGGAUUAAAGUUGUAAUGUACUUUGAUUCAUCAACAUUGAAAUCUACUAUCAUCUUUAUGAUUCGCUUACUGCCUAAGAUACUCUUGACUUUAGACAUUACAUUAUGCCCUGAGCUGUGCAGCAGCAAUUCUUAGCAUCCAUUAACUGUAGAUACCUUCAAAUUGGAAACACUUAUUCUUACAGGUCUUUCACCCAAUCUAUCACAAGGCAACCGUAUUUGUACAGCUACACUAAAUCAUGGCGUUAGUUCACGUAUAGUAUUAUAGUUGAUAGAUAGGUAAAAUGUUGCAGGUUGAUGUGCAGAUUAACGAUGGUUUUUUUUUUUUUUUUGACAAUCAGAUUAACGAUGGUGAUGUUGGGGAAUGAUCCGAAUUCAGUUGGUCCAGUGAACUCAUCUAGAUUCUAGCUCAUAGUUCCCAGAGUUGGAAAGUUUUGGCUUUUCAGGUGUUGUGCUUUGUCUCGCUCUCUUGUGUAGCCUGUAGGGUGUUUCUAUCAAUACGUUGGACGUGAACGGCACAAUGUUCUCUCUUGUUAAUGCUGGAUAAGUCCCAAACACCAAUUUAAAUUUCACUGCUUAAAUGUCUUAAACCUACUUCCUGAUAACGUGUUGUUGACUUAUGGUCCUUCUCAUCUAGUUUGGUUGCCGAAUUCUUCUGAUACCUUCUCAUCUAGUUUGUGACUUUGUGUACUAUCAGAGCAUCUUAACGCAUUAACAACGAAGAAACAAUGAAGCGAGGUGGAUGAAACAUAUCUAGUCGAUGCUGUCUCUGCCUCAACAACGAAGAAACAACAGACCAUCUACUAAUUCAAUGCCCUUUUUCACAGGAUGUUUGGCAGCGGGUUGAACUUGCUAUCUCACUACAUACUUUUCAACUUACGAGCAUCAUUGAUAUCAUUAGAAUGUGACCUACCCUGUCUUCAUCUUGCCCAUCGGGAUGGUUUUCGGCGAAUGCUCUUCACGCAAUUUGUUGGUUUCUUAUAGAAAGAAAGGAACAGCCGUUCGAGGGAAAGAGUACACGACGAGUAAAGUGGCCAACUGCAGAAUUGUUGGUGCACGGAUUCAGUGGUUGCAGGCAAUAACGAAAAUUGAUAGAAUGGAUAGCUAGGUUGGCUCUGAUUCUGACUAUUUUUACUGUUUUAGCCGCCAAGAUGUGAGGUGUCUCUUUCCCCAUAUGUUAGGCUCUUCUUGUGUGUUUUCAAGGGUCCUUAGUCUCAUUCAUAAUGAGAUUUUGCUGCAUCUCUUGCUGUAUCUGUACUUCAUUUCCGUUCUGAUUUUAAUUAAUUUUGCCAUUAUCUUAAGAAAAAAGUUCCUUGCUU